UUCCAGGGCUCGGACGGAGGACGGAGGCGCAGUCCUGCUGAAGCAGCCUCGCUCUGGAGGAUGGGACGGUAAUUCGUGCCAUUGAACGGCCUGCUCAGCCACCUGCCGACCAGUCCGACCAGCAGGAGUUACGCGCUCUGCAAUCAUUCUGCACCGAAUGUAAAAACAGACGGGCUUUUAUUUUUUAACCAAGCACCCAAACGCUUUUUGCAGCCAUGGAGAUUGUCAAACAUCUAAUUAAUGACACCAUACAGUUCUACAAGUGGACCCUAACUAUUGCAGACAAACGAGUGGAGAAAUGGCCUCUGAUGGACAACCCGCUGCCCACUCUGGCCAUCAGCACCUCUUACCUGCUCUUCCUCUGGCUGGGGCCCAAAUACAUGAAGAACAGAGAACCCUUCCAGCUCCGCAAAACCCUCGUCAUCUACAACUUCAGCAUGGUCUUCCUCAACUUCUUUAUCUUUAAAGAGCUGUUUAUGGCAGCACGGGCAGCGAGGUACAGCUACGUUUGUCAGCCAGUCGACUAUUCAGAUGACCCCAAUGAAGUCAGGGUGGCAGGAGCUCUGUGGUGGUACUUCGUCUCUAAGGGCGUUGAAUAUCUGGACACUGUGUUUUUCAUCCUCCGGAAAAAGUUCAACCAGGUCACGUUCUUGCACGUCUACCAUCACUGCACCAUGUUCACGCUCUGGUGGAUCGGCAUCAAGUGGGUGGCAGGAGGACAGUCCUUCUUUGGUGCACACAUGAACGCACUGAUCCACGUUAUGAUGUAUCUGUAUUACGGCCUGGCCUCCUGCGGACCUAAGAUCCAAAAGUACCUGUGGUGGAAGAAGUACCUGACCAUCAUUCAGAUGAUCCAGUUCCACAUCACCAUCGGCCACACCGCCCUGUCACUCUAUGUCAACUGUGACUUCCCCCACUGGAUGCACUACUCCCUCAUCUGCUACGCCAUCACCUUCAUCGUCCUGUUCGGUAACUUCUACUACCAGACCUACCGUCGCCAGCAGCAGCCCACGCGUCGCGACCCCUCCUCUUCCUCCAAAGCCACCAAGGCCAUUUCCAACGGCAGCCUGAACGGGCUCAGCAAAGCCGCCAACGUGGCGGUGCUGAUGGGCAGCAAAGAGGAGAAGCCCCAGGAGAACACUGGAAGGAGAAAGAGGAAAGGACGCGCCAAAAGAGAUUAGAGGAAGAGGGGGAGGACGAGCAAGGUGGGACCUUAUGCUCUGCAUUCUGGUUUUAGCUGAAACAGGAAAGACUUGAUUUGAGGAACGUUUAGAUGCAUGGAUGUGUUCAAGUCAGACUUAUUUCUUUAGGCCAUGAUCUGAGGUUCUAGGUUCAAGCUGAGAUGAGAGGGGAUUUAUUUGUUCAUAAAAAGUCAUGAAUAAGAUGAUAAAUAUCAUAAAAUGACUUAAAUGAAGCAGCAACAUAUUGGUUUGUUCAUAGUGUUCCUUCUAGUGCCAUGUACGGUAGAAAUAAACAGGAUUUGUAGCCUUCAGAUGUUGGGCCUGGACAUGAACGCCACGCUGGAAGCAAAGGUUUAACGCUGUUGUAGUCACCAAACACAGCUGGAACUAAACAAAAAUACACAAAACAGACACACAAACACGUCAGCUAGAGACGUAAAGCUAAGGUUCUCCAUCGUUUCACUCCGGCUAAGCGUGAAAGGCGUUCUCACAGCUUCUAUUAUUUACUCUGACCUGAGACGUGGGCUCUGACUUUUGAGCUGCCAUCCUUUAUCGCGCAGUCAUAUCCAGAAUGUGGACAGUGAGUCAACAUCAACAUGUUCCUAAAACCCAAAAGAACAGCUGAUAUGGUCCCGCUGUUGCUUUAGCUCUUUUUUCUUGUCUGUAAACUUCUAACCCAGGUUGUACAUCCAUAACUGUUCGUCAUGUGAUCAGAUGUAACAAUAUCCAGGAUCUGAUGAUAUUCUGUGUUUUCCUGCUCUUACGGAGGAGCUGGAGGAGUGUUACUGAUGUUUUCCUGUCUUUUAUAUUCUAACUUGUGUGAACUCGUUCCUCUCAGACGCCGGAGAAAUCAAAGCUGCUGUUAUUAUCGUUUAGGGUUCCUUUUCGCUCAUCCUGCUUGCUUCCUCUCUUUUUUACCACGGUACUAUGGCUAACUUCGUAAAGACAAAUAUCUAAACCUCUUUAAAGGAGUAAAGAGUCGUUUUUUCAGCUAAGAACUGAGGCUUUAUUUAUGACCUCGGCUGACUUGAAUGUAAAUUCAUCCUAGAUGUGAAAAAGGUAGAGACCUUUGCUCUUUGUGUAAAAUACAGAGUAGGUCAGCUCUAAAUCAGUAAAGCCUGCUUUUGGCCAGCAACCAGCCAACGCAGUCUGUUAUUUAUCAGUUUGGACGACUCGAGUAAAUACCGACUUAUCGAUCUGAGUGCUUGUUUGCGUAUUUGUCUUAUUUUUGUGAUGUAUAGAUCACAUUGUGAUCAUUUGUACUCUGUGCUUUUAGAGUAGACAUUUGUAUGGCCACAUUGCUUCUGUUUUUUUUUACUAUCAUAAACUGAACUUUCUUCAAAAUAAAAUAAAACUGAACACCUGUAGAACUUC